AAAACAAAAAUUAGGAAGCCUUCAUCGUCUUCUGCCGAACAUCUCUAGAAAGUCCUACAAAGUUUUUCUUCCGAUCUAGCUUCGAUGAAUCGAUACAAUCGCUAGGAAUCUGCUGUUUUUGUUUUGAUUGAUUUUAUUUGAUCGGUGAAGAUUUCUGGAGUUGCUAGUGGAAGUAUCUGCCUGGCAGAACCGAACUAGUUGUUGGAAUUGCAUGUUUUGCAAUAGAGAUGACAUAUCGGGAUAAUGUGCAUGAUUUUAGUGGUGAUUAAAGAGUCUUGAAGUUGGGAGGAAUGUCGGAGUUGUGCAUAGAUGAGCUAGACGGUAAUAUUUCGGAUGAAUAUCAUGGGGACGAUGAUGGUAUAGUGCCAGACUCAGCAUAUGAGGAUGGAGGUCCCGUUCUAGUUAGUAGCAGGAAGAAACAAAGACAUGAAGAUUUGAGUAAUGAAAUAAACCAUCUAAAGAGUAAUUCUUUUAUCAAGAGGGAGGGCGAUAUGUUAGGAAGAAAUCCAUGGCCUGAGAAAAAUAGUGGUGGCUCUCCGGUUUCUCGUGAUGCGGGAUCAGGCAAUGAUGUUCAGGAUAUGACAUUGGAGGAUACAAACAUUUCAGAUCAUGGUUACAACGGUGGACACGUCGAGGUGGUUGAGAAUUUCUGCUCUGCGGAACCCAUGUUGUGUGACAGUUCCGCUGCAACACAUGAUGGCGCAUAUAAUUAUCCCCUCAACAACAUUCCUGAUGCUCAAAAUAAUCUCAGUUUUUUGAAUAAUGGAGAUAAAGAAAGCAAUGAUCUCUUCUAUGGCUGGGGUGACAUAGGAAAUUUUGAGGAUGUGGACAAUAUGCUUAGGAGUUGUGAUUCAACUUUCGGCUUGGAUAGUCUUGACAAUGAAGAUGACUUGUGUUGGUUCUCUUCUGCUCAGCCAAAUGAGGAUACAGAAGCUGUGAUGACCGAUGAGAUAAAACCAGAGAUAAUGUUGGAAAAGCAAAGAACCCCUAUGAUGCAGGUUGAAGACUUUUUGAACAACAGUGAGACCAACCAUGCUGUUGAAGAUGAAUAUGGAUAUACCGUUGUGACCGGUCCAGCGCAAGGAAAAUCAUCAGAAAAUGUAUCUGAUACAAGUACACAAAACAAGGAUAUAUUGAUGCUCCAUGAAGAGGCUAAUUUUGAAAAGAAGCAGACUGGUCAUCUUCAUCAUCUGGAUGGCAAAAGUGAUGGGUACUCGGAUAACAGUUUUACGUUACAACAUAGUGGGAUUUCCGGGGAAAUAAUGGACACAAACCAGUAUUACACUCCUUCCGCAUUCCAACAGCCAGGUGUUCCAUACUCACAUUUCAACUGUGAGCAGCCUUCAGAUCAAGUAUCAGCAAGUGAAAUUAAAUCUGGUAUCAAAUCUGAGAACAAAUCCAAUCCUUCUUCUGCUUCAAAUGAGUCAUUCACAUCAAAUCAGGCACAAUCUGUCGAGAGCUUACAAGGUCCAACUGUUGAUGAUCGGUGUAGGAAGGGCUUCGAAAAAACAAUUAACUUGCAGCCCGGGAAAAAUAUGCCUCCUUCUUUUGCUGCAAGUACCAGGAAGAGUAGUAAGACAAACCCAAUGGUGUAUCCUGAUGCUGCUCCUAUCCAGAAGAUCGGAAUUGAGAAUGACCACAGAAAAGCUGCAGGUGAAUUGGAAACAUCAAACACGCAGGAAAGUUCUUGUGUUAGCUCUGUUGUAGAUGACAUUUCACUGGAAGCAACAAGUUUUCGCCAGCUUCAGCAGGUCAUAGAACAGUUGGAUGUGAGGACAAAGCUGUGCAUAAGAGACAGCUUAUACCGAUUGGCAAAAAGUGCAGAGCAGAGACAUAAUUGUAUACAUCCAGAUGGUGGAACUAGACAGGAGAAAGGUGCAGGCUCGCAUCUCAAGACUUGUGAAACAGACAAGUACGUUGGAUUCAUGGAUAUGGAAACUGAUACAAACCCGAUCGACCGAUCCAUAGCUCAUUUGCUAUUUCACAGGCCCUCAGACCCAUCUCUUUCAUCAGAUAACGAUGUUCUCUCAUAUAAAUCUCAUCCAAUGAUUCCUCAGCCCAAUAGUAGUCCGAGCCUGAGGAUAGAGAAGCAAGAGGAAACUCCAGAACUUAGAACCGAAACAGAACUUGUAGCAAGUGACAACAAAUAAUAAUUUCAACAAAAAAAGGGGCUCUUUCAGUGCUGAAGCUUUCGAGAUAUGGUUGUUAACACUAAUCUUGAUUUUGGCUCACCAAAAUUGCUCACUUAGUUACCGAAGUCCUGACUGUUUCUUUCACUAGCAUCAUGGAUUUUGUAACACAGUUGGAAAAACUUUCUGGUUUAUAUUUUGGUUCGAAUGUAAUUGUACGCUUGGUUGCUCGAACCGGGUCUUGAGACAUGUUCUUUGCCUUUGUAAUAUGUUCAACUUAAGUAGAGGAAAAAGGAAGUAGAGUUACGUUGCCACUGUAAAUAAAGAUGUUAGUUUUUUUUU